GUUUUCAUUUUUUAAUACAGGCAACUUAGGGUAGUAACAGGUGAAUGGUUCUUUGAAGAGAGAGCAAAACGCUUCAAGCAGUCCAAGCUCCUUGGAACUGAUAUUGUUCGGCAGUCUAUUCUUCGCAAAGCUCCAGAUUCUUCCUCUGAACUCUUAGAAGGCAGAUCCAAAUAUCAUUCUCCAAAAACCUUAGAAGAUACAUCAAAGCAAGAUAUGUUAGCUUCACUUACAAGUGGGACAAAAUUAGUUCUCACUGGGCCUAGGAAAAUAGGAAAGGUUCUUAAGGCAGUCACCAAAGAAGUUGUAAAUAUGAAAGCAGAAGAUGGUAAAAGCAUUAGCACAGACUCUGAUGUCCAAAGUGACCACAUUGCCAAUUGGGAGAACUCUUAUUCCUCAGAUAUUCAUGUUCUUGGAGACAUAACAGACAACAUGAAAAAGGCCGAAAGCCAAAGCAAUGUUUCCACUCCACACUAUCCAAGGUCACCAGCACUGAGUGCCCGCAGCAUGACUAUUGACUAUGGCCGGGAUUCUGAAUUAGAAAACAACAUUGUUAUGUCUAUCAGUGAAAGUAUCCCUGCAGAUUUGUCAAAAAGGCAUCGUAGGAAAGGAUCUAGAACACCUUCUGUGGCAAUUUCUAGGACAUCUUUAUCAUCUGAUCGUAGUAGAUCAGAGAGAGAUCUCAGCGGAUCCUUUUCAGAAGGAAAUGAAGAUACUUUAAGCUUAAGAAGUAAAUCUGUACCUGGAGCACUGGACCAUGAUGUGGACUACCUGAAUGAAGCAGAAGAGGAUAUGGAUGACAUUAUAGCCUCUGGCUCUUCAAAAAGGCAAAGUAAUUUGGCAAGUGGAUUUUCCAUAAAUUCUCCUUCAAAUUCUGAAAGGAAAUGGAACUACUUAAAUGUUCCAGAAGCAGAUGGUGAUACUACCAGCAUUAACAGUAUGAUGAGUGUUUACAGUGAAACUGGGGACUAUGGCAACGUGAAUAUUAGUGGUGAAAUUUGUCUGCAAAUCAACUAUAGCUAUAAAACAGGAGCCCUUAACAUACUUGUAAAAAAAUGCAAGAACUUGGCCAUUGCUGAUGAAAAGAAACAAAGAACAGAUCCUUAUGUCAAAGCGUAUCUUCUGCCAGACAAGUCUCGCCAGAGCAAAAGGAAGACAAAAAUCAAAAGUAAUAGCACUGAUCCUGAAUUCAAUGAAAUGCUUAAGUAUGUCAUUAGCCACACGCAGCUUGAGACUCGCACUCUGCAACUUUCUGUCUGGCAUUAUGACAGAUUUGGGCGUAACAGCUUUCUGGGAGAAGUAGAGAUUCCCUUGGACUCAUGGAACUUUGAAAAUCAAGCUGAUGAAUGGUUCAUGCUUCAGCCGAAGAUGGAAAUUGCCACUGAUAUUGGGCUGCAGUACAAAGGAGAAUUAAUUGUUGCUUUACGGUACACUCCACCUGAGAGGAACCUAACGCUUCCCCUAGGAGAGAUUCAAGGAAAGAAGAGUUCAAAGAAAGAAAAAAAGGCAACCUCCCAAAUACCAUCAGGAGGCAUAUUGGAAAUUGUCAUCAAGGAAGCCAAGAAUUUAAUGGCGGUGAAAUCAGGAGGCACUUCAGAUACGUUUGUGAAAGGAUAUUUGCUUCCUGACAACAACAAAUCUUCAAAGCAUAAAACCCAUGUAAUAAAAAAGAGUGUGAAUCCCCAUUGGAAUCAUACAUUCACUUUUAGUGGCUUGAACCCUAGAGAUAUACACAAUGUCUGUGUAGAACUUACUGUUUGGGACAAGGAGUCUCUCGCCAGCAAUAUUUUCCUGGGAGGUGUUCGCUUGAGUAUUGGAAGUGGUAUAAGCAAUGGCAAAGAAGUUGACUGGAUGGAUUCUCAAGGAGAAGAGCGACUUCUUUGGCAGAGAAUGAUUGAUUGUCCUGGAGAUUCUGUAGAAGGUGUAUUAAUGCUGAGAUCCAGCAUGGGGAAACGCAGACUCUGAGGAGUAUGGUUUGCAUAACACUGACAUUACAGUAGUGUGAUUUUAAAUUGUAAUAAGAUGUAAUGGAGACUGGUCUCCUGUCAUGAUUUGCACAUAUAAACAUAAGGAAGUUUA